UCUGGAAACACUGGCAGAGCUGCAGCACCGCCGUGGGUCAAAGUGGUAACUGGGGAUCUGAGCUCGGCGGUGACGCGCGGCCCUCACGUGACCAGGAGCCUAUGUCUGCCCAAGUCCCUCUCAUCCUGGUCCUUUUUGCCAGUCCAGACACCGUCUGCCCUUUGGUCGAGGGGAAAAGCAGAAGGAAGUAAGUCCCCGCGGUCCUCUGAAAUCGGUGUGAGUGUCAGUGCUGCCCAGUAAUCCCAGGGAUCAGGAUGGCAGAGAGUCCAAGCCUUUCCCUGUGCCAGCCCCGCGCCAGCACUUCGGUGCAGAAAAUGGUGGUUUUGGGGGUGGGGAGGCCGUUCCCAACAUGGACAGAUCCUGCCAAGCAAAUGAGCAGCCACAGGGUUUGCCCGAGACGGACGAGGAGCAGCCUCGGGCGGAGCCCUCGCCCGAAGAGCCUCGUCGGGAGGAGCCUCCUCGGGAGGAGCCUUGUCCGGAGGAGCUUUCUACCGAGGAGCUGUCUUCCGAAGAGCAAUCCUCCGAAGACGAGUUCUUUCCCGAGGAGCUCCUUCCCGAGCUCCUUCCCGAGCUGCUGGUGGCCGAGGGGCGCCCUCUAGAGGAGCGCCUUUCCGGGCCGGACCUGUUCGAGGCGCGCCCUCCCAUGGAGCAGCCUCCUUGCGGAGUGGGAAAACAUAAGCUGGAAGAAGGAAGCUUUAAGGAAAGGCUGGCUCGCUCUCGCCCGCAGUUUAAAGGGGACAUACACGGCAGAAAUUUGAGCAACGAGGAGAUGAUAAAGGUAGCAGAGGAGAUGGAAGAGAUGAAAAGAGUACGAAACAAAUUGAUGAUCAUGCACUGGAAGGCGAGACGGAACCGUCCUUAUCCUAGUUAAUGUGUCCGGCCUUUAAUGCUGGUUUGCCUAAUUUCAGUAUUGCCACUCGAAUCCCUCUCGCCAUCUUCUUAAUUUUAACUUUUUUUUGCAUGGCUUUAUUUAAGGUGUUUCGCUUGUAACUGGUGUAAAAUUGGGCUUCCUUCCCCUCCCAUCUGCAAGUCUCCCUAUCAAUCAUGUCUCAUCCAUUUGCAUGGAAAGAUGGACAUUAUAUAUUGUGAAGUGAAAAAAAGCAAUUUUCAAAAAGUAUAUGUAGUAUCCCAUUUUUGUAAAAAAAUGUAUAUUUAUAUAUUAAUAUGCAAAGUAAAACAAAGUAUAUACUUCAAAGGCUUAACAGUGGCUGUUUUGUGGUAAGAUAAUAGGUGUUUUUCAUUUUUGCUUUGUUGGAACUUCUCAUUUUUUCAGGACGAACACAUUGUACUUGUGUUGCAAAAAAUUCCACACCCCCAAAUAAUGGGGGAAAUGUCAAGCAAUUUAUACACUAUCACCUUAUAAAGACAAUGUAGCACUUAAUAAAUACUUGUCAGAACUUUGAAAAA